AUGCAAGAAGAAAUUUUAGAUUUCUUCCGGAAUCCCGCCUUGGUAUUCUACAUGACGCUGAUGCUGACCGUUUGCGUCGUAAGUCUAUUAUUAAUCUCCUACUGUCUUUUAACAAAAUAUAAACGUUCAGGUCAAUGGUUCCCAGCAAGUCGGAGACGUCGUCGAAACGGAAUUCCACUCUUAUCGUCUUCAUCAAUACGAAAUCAGCGGGAACAUGUACGGAAGCAAAAACUAUCAUGUUUCUUACGAAGCAGUCUCUCUGGCUGCUCGAGCCAACAGAAGGUAUUUAUUUAGAAACGAACUGAGACGGCCACUUCUUGAAUUCUCGCUUUGUUUCAGAACUAUGGUGACAACGUGGCGUGAUCUUCUGACUCAUGACGUCGACGACAUGUGGAAUCUUUCCGCAGGCGCAGUUCUCGUCUUCAUUCCGGACAAUAUCGACGAACUGAACGACGUCGACAGAAAGGUAAUCGUGUAGUCCUGACCCACCGCGGUAGCCGGCAUAAUCUCCUUAUUGAAUUGAAUAAUCAAUCGCCUCUUUAGGCGUUCCUCGAUCUCCAAGAGAAGUUGUCCAAUGUCAAAACUGAUUUGGCUGUUUAUGUGGCACCAUACAACGACGACGCCAUCUCCAUUCUCAAUGGUUUGCAUAAUACGAGUUAUUCUUUAUAAAAUUAGCAUUUUCAGACGUUAAUAAUCGUGCGGACAAGGCGCCAACCGCCGUACAGCACCUUCUUCAAUCGGUUUCCGGCAACACAAUAAGUAUCACGUCUUCCGAUCAGAUUCCGGAAUUACCCGCCAACUACAAGCCAUUCAAUAUUGUGGUGAGCCUAGAAUAUACUGAGAGGCAAAAGAAAAUAAUAUUUGCAGGGUCGCUUGAGCAGCGGUGAGCGUGCUGUCCCGACAAUCGCCUUCGUCGCUCACUACGACAGUCACUCGGUCCUUCCCGGUGUCUCUCCUGGAGCCGACUCCAAUGGUUCCGGAAUCGUCGCUCUUCUGGAGCUGCUCGCCGUUCUCUCCAAGUUCUACAAUACUCCGAGCACCCGCCCUCCCUACAACCUCUUGUUCAUAUGGACCGCCGCCGGAAAGCUCAACUUCCAGGGAACUCGGCAAUGGAUCGAUGAGUUCCAGCAAGGGCUCGAGGCCGGAGACUUUGUCGAAUCGGCUGCUAAUCGGAAGGGUGAACAUGCAAGGCAGAAGUUUUUACUUGAAAAGUUUGUGCCUUCAGAUGACCGAAUCGAUUUGGCCAUUUGCAUCGAGGCUAUCGGCCGUAACACAGGCGGUCUCUACAUGCACGCUGGAAAGGCACCAUCGGAGAACUCUGCGGCCGCUCAACUCUUUAGAAGACUCAGGUGCGGAUGAUUCCAUCGAACACACGUCACCUUCACUUUUGCAGAAACAUCGCUCCGGAGAAGAACAUCGAAGUGGUUGCGAAGAAGAUCUCUCUGACGACAGCCAGCUCUUGGGAGCACGAGAAAUUCAACAUCAAGCGGAUGCCGGCAGUCACUCUCUCCACCCUUCCGUCUCCAACUGACCCUGCCCGUAACUCCAUUCUGGAUCUUCCGUCUUCUUUGGAUGAGGAUGAGCUUAUCGAGAACAUCCGUCUGAUUGCCGAAGGAGUCCUCGGAUACAUCCUCGGCCUUCCGGAGACAGGCCCUUCUGCUGAUCCGCGUGUCACUUCUGAAGUGAGCAUGCUCUCGAAGGACGCAGUUGACAAGCAAAGAGUCCAUCACUUCAUCCGUCAAUUUGCAUCGAGACCUCGUCCGGUCGGAGACAAGCGGGCCACCGAGAACAUAGCUUCCAAUUUGGCAUCUGCUGCUGCGGGAUACGGCGUCGUUUCCAAGUCCGCAGUCACGAUCACGGAUGCGAAGGCUUUCGGAGUCACUCAGAACAGACUGGUCGCCGAAAGAGUCAAGCCGGCCGUCUUCGAACUUGUUAUUGCCGCCGGAGUCUUCGCCUAUCUCUCAGUUUUCUAUUUUGUAAGUAAACCCGCACUUAUAUGAGAGGUCCUGAUUCGAUGCGUUCUAGAUUGCAACGCACUCGCAGAAGUCUAUCGAAGGAACCGUGUCAGCUAUUCGAAAAUCGAUCUUCUAA